CAUGGUUCAGAGAAAGCAACAUGUCCAUGCUGCCCAACGACGUCGUUUCCUCCGUUGAGAAAUACUCGUCUCUGAUUUCAAAGUGCGUCACGGCAAGGAGAGUGAAACUCGCAAAUGGCGUGCAUGGUCACCUUAUCAAAACCGCGCUUUUCUUCGAUGCUUUCCUCGCUAAUGGUCUCAUUGACGCGUAUUCAAAGUGCGGCUGCGAAGAAAGUGCAUACAAAGCCUUCGAUGAUCUUCCCAACAAGACCACUCGCUCGUGGAACACGCUAAUCUCGUUUUACUCGAAAACGGGCUUAUUCGAUAAGGCCCAUAACCUGUUCGACAAAAUGCCUCAACGGAACGUCGUUAGUUAUAACUCGUUAAUCUCCGGCUUCACGCGCCACGGACUUCACGAAGAUUCCGUUAACCUCUUUCGGGCGAUGCAAAACGGUCGUGACGGUUUGGUGUUAGACGCGUUCACGGUUGUGAGCGUAGUUGGAAACUGCGCUAGUUUGGGCAACGUUAAAUGGUUGCGUCAGGUGCAUGGGGUGGCAGUUAUAGUUGGCAUGGAGUGGAACGUGAUUCUCAACAAUGCUUUAAUUGAUGCUUAUGGGAAAUGUGGGGAACCCAAUUUGUCGUGUUCUGUGUUUUGUUGGAUGCCAGAGAGAAAUGUUGUGUCUUGGACAUCAAUGGUAGUGGCUUACACAAGAGCAUGCAGAUUGGAUGAGGCUUGUAGGGUGUUUGACAAUAUGCCGGUUAAGAGCACGGUUUCUUGGACUGCUUUGAUAACGGGUUUUGCGAGAAACGGGCGUUGUGGUGAAGCUUUGGAUGUUUUUAAGCAAAUGUUGGAAGAUGGUGUAAGGCCUAGUGCUCUAACUUUUGUGAGUGUUCUAGGUGCUUGUGCAGAGGUGGCUCUUCUAGGAAGAGGUAAGCAGGUGCAUGGUCAAGUUAUUAGAGGUGGUGUAAGUGGGAACUUGUUUAAUGUGUAUGUGUGCAAUGCUUUGAUUGAUAUGUAUGGUAAGUGUGGAGAUAUGAGAUCAGCUGAAAAUUUGUUUGAGAUGGCUCCUGUGAGAGAUGUGGUGACUUGGAAUACAUUGAUUACUGUGUUUGCACAAAAUGGCCAUGGGGAGGAUUCAUUGGCUGUGUUUAGAAGGAUGAUAGAAGCCAAAGUAGAGCCAAAUCAUGUGACAUUUCUUGGGGUGCUAUCUGGUUGUAGCCAUGCAGGUUUAGAUAAUGAAGGGUUGGAGUUGGUGGAUUUGAUGGAAAGGAAGUAUGGAGUGAAGCCUAAAGCUGAUCACUAUGCUUUAUUGAUUGAUUUGUUGGGGAGGAAAAACAGACUCAAGGAAGCCAUGAGUUUGAUUGAAAAAGUGCCUAAUGAAAUUAUGAAUCACAUUGCAGUGUGGGGGGCAGUGUUGGGUGCUUGUAGAGUUCAUGGGAAGUUGGACCUUGCUAGAAAGGCUGCAGAGACUUUGUUUGAGUUGGAACCACAAAAUUCGGCUAGAUAUGUUAUGCUCGCAAACAUCUAUGCUGCAUCUGGCAGGUGGGGUGAUGCCAAAAGAAUUAGGACGGUUAUGAAUGAGAGAUGUUUGAAGAAAGAACCAGCUUAUAGUUGGAUUGAGUUGAGGGAUGCGAGACACGAGUUUGUGGCUAAGGAUAAGUUCCAUCCAAAUAUUGUAGAGAUAUGUGAAGUAAACAGUAAAUUAGUUCUUCAUUUGAAGGAUGCUGGAUAUCAGCCUUAUACUGAUUAUCCUUUUCUUCCUGAUCAUGAUGAUGGUUUCUACUUUAGUUAGGAGUAUUAUAGCCGCAUUGAUGAGAAGUCUCGGUCAUGUUAUUAUGCCACCGUGAUACCAAGGAUAGUACUCUUCAUACUCCACUUACUAAACUUUGUGAGAUAAUCUAAUAAGGGUGUAUUUGUUUCCAUGUAAAGAAGCUUCAAGUGUCCAUUUUACUCAAUGACACUAGACUCAUGGAUUGGAAUGAGUGUUAACUGCAACACAAGCAUAAACACGUUAUGAGUAACAACCGAAUGUGGUCAUAUUUGGAUUAGUUAUAGUUAGGUGCCUUCAAUGUACUUGCCUAUUGCUGUUGUCUCCUCAUGUCUCGAGACAAUACUGGCAUUAGUUAUGUAUUGAAAUUUCAUCCUAUGGCUACACACAAAUACAAUCUCAUAAGGGUGUGUUUGUUUCCAUGUAAAGAAGCUUUAAACGUUUAUUCAACUCAA